AUAGGAGAGGCGUUCACGUACUAUAAAAUAAACGAUCCAUCAUAAUCCAGUGCUGGAGAGCAGAGUGUCGCAGAAGGAGAGCUUUUCCACCAACCGGGAAAAUAGGAAUCUUUGUUUCAGCUCAGUCUGACCCUAGAAGUAGUCAACAACCCACGGGAACAGCAGUCAUGCCUUUCGGAAACACCCACAACCAGAUGAAGAUGAAGUACACCUCAGAGCAGGAAUAUCCCGAUCUCAGCAAACACAACAACUAUAUGGCCAAAGUGCUCACUCCAGCCCUGUAUGAGAAGUUGCGCUCUAAAGAGACGCCCAGUGGAUUUACUCUGGACGAUUUGAUCCAGACCGGUAUUGAUAACCCAGGCCACCCCUACAUUUUGACUGUGGGUUGCGCGGCUGGAGAUGAAGAAACCUAUGAGGUGUUUAAAGAGCUGCUGGACCCUGUCAUUCGGGACAGGCAUGGAGGAUACAAGCCCACAGAUAAACACAAGACGGACCUUAACCCAAAUAACCUCAAGGGUGGCGAUGACCUGGACCCCAAUUAUGUGCUUAGCUCUCGCGUCAGAACGGGCCGGAGCAUACGAGGUUUCUGCCUGCCGCCCCAUUGCAGUCGUGGAGAGAGGAGAGCUGUUGAGAAACUCUCUGUGGAAGCUCUGAGUGCUUUGUCUGGGGAUCUCAGUGGGAAAUACUACGCCCUAAAGAACAUGACAGAAGCUGAGCAACAACAGCUCAUCGAUGACCAUUUCCUGUUUGACAAGCCUGUAUCUCCCCUGCUGUUGGCCUCAGGGAUGGCUCGUGAUUGGCCGGACGCCAGGGGCAUCUGGCAUAAUGAUAACAAAACUUUCCUUGUGUGGGUGAAUGAGGAAGACCACCUACGUGUCAUUUCUAUGCAGAAAGGCGGCAACAUGAAAGAGGUCUUCACCCGUUUCUGCACAGGUCUUACCAAGAUUGAGGAGCUGUUUAAAAACAAGAAACAUGAGUUCAUGUGGAACGAGCAUCUUGGCUACGUCCUUACCUGCCCAUCCAAUCUCGGUACGGGUCUGCGUGCCGGAGUACACGUCAAACUGCCUAACCUCAGCAAGAACAAGAAGUUCGAAGAGGUCCUUAAGAAACUGCGACUGCAGAAACGUGGAACAGGUGGUGUGGACACUGCUGCUGUGGGUGGCACUUUUGACAUCUCUAAUGCUGACCGACUGGGCUUCUCUGAAGUCGAGCUGAUGCAGAUGGUAGUAGAUGGAGUCAAAUUGCUGAUCGAAAUGGAGAAACGGCUGGAGAAAGGCCAGUCCAUUGAUGACCUCAUGCCUGCCCAGAAGUAAUUUCAACUGCACAUCAACCUCAAAGUUAUUCUGUCACUCUUUACCUUUGUUAAUUGACUGAAUGAUGGUUUGUUGACUUGUUCUUCUUGAAAUACUUGUUGUAUUUAAGGUUUUUUUUGGUUCUGGCAAGUUCUUGUCACACAAUUAGUCAUCACAGGGUAACCGCUGGAUGAGCAUGUAUGCGAAUAAAAUAAUUUUGACCUGC